GAAAAGAAACAAUAGCAAUAAAGAACAAAAAUAAUAAAUGAACUAAAGUAAAAGAAGAGAAAUAAGAAAAGAACAUUCAUUAGCAUAACAAAACAACAAAGUAAAUAAAUAUAAAUAAAAUUAACAACUACAAAAGCAACAAAAACCUUGGCAUCAACUUAGAAAACCAAAACAACGCACUUUGACAAAAAAAAAAAAAAAAAAACAAAACAAACUAUAACAUCAGACACAUUUGCAAAGCGUCGUAAAUUUUUUGUACUUUUUCCUGUUCGUUUUCUUUUUUUUCCAAUUUUUUUCGUGUGUGACAAAAAUAUUUACAAAAAACAUAAACACAAAAAAAAUAAUUAUAUAUCGCGCUCCAUAAAAUUCUUCAAACCAAAUCGCAACGGAGGGAAAGGGAGAGAAGAAAACGAGAACAACGCAACGUUUAAAAAUCAAAACAAAACUCGAAAACACAAAAAUAAGAAAAGGCGCACAAAAACAACGCGAAGAAGAAGCAGCAGCAGCGGCAACAGAGUGAUAAAUAUCCAUAAUACCAGAGACAGACAGACAUUUCCCCACACACACACAUUCACGCACUCAUAAAUAUAUACGCGGACAGAUGGUAUAUAUGCAUUAUAUAGAGACGUCGCUAUAUAUGCACAUUUGACACCAAAGCAAAAGCAGAAGCAGCGAAAAGAACAAAAAAAAAAAACAACAACAAGGAAUCAGUCAACCAACUAAGUACAACAACAGAACAAUGACUACGAAACAACCAAGAAAAGUAGCACCCGAUGGCGGAUGGGGUUGGGUCGCCUGCUUUGGCGUCAGUUUGGUUAAUCUGGCGACGCGUUCCAUAGAACCAUCAUUUGGUCUGCUUUUUGGAGACACGCUGAAAGAACUCGAUGUGGGCACAACUGGGGCUGCUAUCAUUAUCAGCACGAUGGAUGUGUGCAUGAACUUCUCGGGAUUGUUUGUGGGUCCGUUACUGAAAGAGUUCUCGUAUCGGAAAGUGGCCAUAGCCGGAUCAUUGCUUUGUGGGUUGGGACUGGCACUGACAUCGCCGGCAACCACAAUGGCCCACAUUCUGAGCACCUACAGUGUGAUCAAUGGCAUUGGAGUGGGCUUAUCGACAUCGGCAGCAUUUGUGGCAUUGAAUCAUUACUUCAAGCAUAAACGUGGCCAGGCGGUCGGAUUAUCCAUGGCGGGCACUGCGAUGGGUAUGCUGAUAAUGCCGCAGCUUGUGCGGAUUCUCCUCGAGGGUUAUGGCUUUCGGGGUGCUGUGCUUUUGCUGGCUGGCGUUGCGUUGAAUGCGACCGUUGGCUCGGUGCUCCUGCAACCCAUCAAGUGGCAUAUGAAGGAGGAGUUUGACGACGAGGAACUGAUGUGCAUAUCGGCUCUACCAACACCGCAGCCUCAGUUGACAUCGAUGUCAGGCGGUGGUGGUUCAGCUGCUCCCGAGUUUAAGGUCAUCAAGGAGGAUGGCAACGAGGAGGACGCACUGCCUGAGCUCAACACAUUGCUCUUCAACAAGCACAAUCCCCACAAUCCACAUUCGAUGCGCAAAAACUACUCCGAGAUGGCCAUGAAUACGAUGAAUGGUUCCAGGUUGGGUCUCACCAAGCGUCCGACCUUUCCCCGCAUCAUGUCCCUGGCCGGAGUGCAAUCCGCGGACGUGGGCAGCGGCAGCGGCGGUUAUCCAUCCCAGGCGGAGGUGAAUACCACGCAGUUGCGUUGUCGCAAGGCAUCGGUUACAUCGAAUCUAUCGUAUAUGGACUUCACCGGCUCCAUACUCCAAGUUCAUUUGAAUACCGGCGACGAUGAGUUCGAGCAAAAUGAUCGUGAAUUGCGACGCGUUGGCACCGCAACGGGCAGCAUUCUUGGCGGACAUCGGGAUAGUUUCAUCAAAAUGAAGCCCACGGAGUUGGAGAAACAAACGGAGCUGGCGGAUGAGGAGGCCAAAAAGAAUGCCAAAAAGCUCGGCUUUUGGCGUCGCUUUGCCGAUCUUCUCGACAUUGCCAUGCUGAAGGACAAGAUGUUCCUUAAUCUGCUCUUUGGCCUCUCCAUUUUCUAUGUCGCCGAGAUGAACUUCAAAAUGGUGACGCCCUUCUUCUUUGCCAAUCUUGGAUACUCCAAGUCCGAUGUCGCCUAUUGUCUAUCGAUAACAGCGAUUACGGAUAUUGCCGCUAGAAUUGUCCUUCCGCCUCUCUUUGAUAGAACCACAAUUAAAAAACGCACCAUCUUUCUCGUCUCCAUCAUCUUUGUGGCACUCACGCGUUCCAUUAUGGCUGAGCAAACGGAAUGGACACAACUGAUGGUUUGGCUGUCUAUCUGCGGUUUCUUUCGCGGCUCCGCCUUGAGCAACUUUACACUCACCGUCUCCGAGUAUUGUUCCCUGGAGAAGCUGCCAUCGGCCUUUGGCUGGCAUCUCGUUGGCAAGGCGCUCUUUGUGAUAUGCUUUGGACCAUUAAUUGGUCUCAUUCGUGAUGUUACCGAUAGUUAUCCCAUUUGCAUACACACGCAAAGUGUUUGCAUUAUGAUUUGUGCCUUUGCCUGGGGCAUUGAGUAUCUCGUGGAGUUUAUCCAGUCGCGUCGUCGCACUGCCGAUGCAGCACAGUUACCCACAGCAACAAAUGAGACAGCUGCAGGAACAACAACAGGGACAGCAGCUCCCGAGGAUGUGAAGCUGUAAUAUGGCCAAAGAUCAAGAGAGGAUUGUCAGAAGAUGCAUACACAUAAAUCAAUAUACAUAUAAUCUGUAUCAAGAGAGAAAAAAAAAACACGCAACUCAUUAACUUAAUACUUAAUUAGCUACUUUGCAACGCUACACAUGAGGGGUAUUCAUACGAAAAAGAAAAACUUUUCAUAAAAUUGUGAAAAACAGUUUGAAAAUUCAAUCAGAGACGACUAUUCGGGUAUUCACACUUAUAAAACUAGACCUGAGCUGAAAUCUUUUCCGAUAUUCAUAGUUAUUCAAGAAAUGUUCGAGAUAAUUUAAAACAAGGAUAUUCACAAUGUAAGCUAAAAAACAUUGAGAAGAGUUAAGUCAAUUUCUGUUCAAUAGAUAAAAUCAAAGCAAAAGAAAUUUGUCUUUAAAAUAUACUAUACUGAAUACCACUCACAUACUUUAGCGUUUGCCUAUGUAUACCUUAUGUAAUUUCCCUCUGUUUAACUGAGCUUAGAUACGUUUUUUGUUUGUUUGUUUACUUAGAAAAAAAAUAGCAGAAUAAGAAGACGAACAAAAAGAAGAAAUUUGCCAGUUUUUCCACAAAACGAAACAAACAACAACGAAGUUCGUUUAAUUCUUAAUAUCAUUGAUAAUUAUUAGUUAAUCGUCUUUAUCAUUAUUAUUAUUAUUAUAUUUUUUUUUUUUGUUUAAAACUUUCUCUCCAUUUUGUUUAUUAAAUGAACUUGUAUGUGAUAGUUCAAAGAUAGUUAUUAAGUUAUCAACUAGAACAUAAUAAAUACAAAAAUAAUAUAAACAACGAAAAAACAAACUCAUCUAAGAAAUUACAUUAAACCAGCAACAAUUAAACUGGCUUUAAAAUUGAUUAAAUGUACCUUUUAAAACAACGACAACAACCCACAAUAUACUAACUUAAAACUAAACUAAACUGACCAACUAAAUAAUAAAAAAGGCAAUAUGUAACUGAAAUUGGAAUUGAGAUACUGAUAUAUCACAUGACCCGAUUUGACACACCUAUUUACAUACAUACACACUUACUCUAAAUGAUAUACUAAAUUAUAUACAUACAUAUGUACUCUUUAUAGAUAAAAGCCAAGUUAAGUGAUCUGAAUAAAGUGUUAGGACAGAUCUAUGACGGACACCCCCGAAAGGUGUAGUCAGAGAAUUACAAAAAGAAAUGCCAAUACAUAUAUGCAACUCUCUCAAGAGAAAGAGAACGAGUGAAAGGGAAAGCGAUAGGUAAAACAAACCCACCAGCAACAAUAUCAUGGAGAUCAGAGAGAGAGUUAAAGCCAAUAAUAUGCCAGAAACUUACUACUUAUAACAGGGAACACAUAAGUUUGUUUUGUCAACAUGUCGUAUACGAAUUUUUAUACCUGAAUUUGAUUCUCAAGAGAGUCUUACGACAUACGAACUACUUUUUUGAAUUCCCAAAUCGCUAUUGCAAUUGCCUUAUUGUAAGAUAAAUGAAAACGGAAAAUGGAAAGCAAUAGUGUUUGUUAAACGCAAUGCCAUGACCAAAUGAACUAAGAACAACAAAAAAA